GUAUGGAUAUGAAUUUUUGAACAAAACAACAUAAUGGAUAAACCAAGUAAUACUGAUAACAAUUUAUCAUCUUAUAAUGCUGAUGCUGAUGAAGAUACAAAUUCUCCUAAAGCUAGACUUCGGACUCGUGGAAAGAAACGUAAACGGAAGGACAGUGAGAGCAGUAUAGAAUUUGAAGGCAUUUUGCCAGAUAAUGUUCUAGAAGUAGAAAGAAACCUGCAAGCUUCAGCCAUUAAGAAUAAUUUAGAUGAUGCUAGUGUUAAAAAGAUAUUAAAGAAAGUUGUAACCAAUGACCAUGUGCUGGCACUGGUGAAGCUUCGUGAAGAGGAGGAGCUGUCAUGUAACAUACCUGAGCAAAUAACUGCAAGACACACUAAAAUUACUAGAGCCAAGGCCAAAGAAUUAAUGAAAGUGUCACCAAAGUCUGCACCAUGGAACCUAGAGCUCACUCCGAUCAAACAUAUACCAGUAAAGACGCGACCGGAGGUGAAGGCACUUAUUGCUCAAGAGCUGCCCGAAGACGAGGAUGACGAGGAGUAUGAGCCUACUCAUGAUGACGUGCCUAGUGACGACGAUCAAGUGUCGUGUAGCGAUCUGGACUCACAGCCACGGACUCCCGCAACGCCAAGCAGUCUUCAUUCGAGCAGCCCUAGAGUCGUCAAAGACGGGCCUUUCAAAGUACCACAGAAUAUAACAACACCAUCCCGCAGAAAACUAAUAAUAGUAGAAGAGGAAGAAGAAGCUACCAUAGCCCUGAGGACACGUUCUAAACUUUCUCUAUCUGCCACUCCAAUAGAACAUAUUGAGAGCUCAUUUAUACCACCAGACGACAUACCCACCCCAGUGGGUGAUGAUUUGUGGAAUCAGUUCUUAGAGGAGUGUUUGAAUCCUGCUGAGGUCUCCAAGAAUGAGGAGGAUGAUGAGGCCGAUCCAGAAUACAAUGUUGCUGCUGAUCCUGAUGCUCAUGACGAAGACGAGGAAGCUCUUGAAAAUAGUUUAAUAAAGAUCUCUAAAAAAGAACUCAAUGACCUAGUGACAGAGUUGUUCAGCAUCUUGCCUGAAGACACCGAUGAUCAGUUAGCUGCCGACUUGGCUAAUAAUGUGCUCGCUGACCACAAUACUCCGAUUCCAAGUCAUUGGGAAAGCAAACAAGAACCAAUAUCAGAUGAAGAAACUGACAAGACUCCAAGUAGAAUUACCUUCAAGAAAAGGAACAGCGUUAGCAGUGUUUCUAUAGGAAAGAUAGAACCGGAAGAUUAUAUUGAAUUUUGUGAAAGAGAUAGUAGUGAACAAGACACGGUUGAGAAAGAGAUGCCUAGAUGUGUUACUCAUGUUAGAGAAGGGUGCAGUACACAUACAAAACCAAAGGCGACGACUAUACACAUAUCCGUAGAAGAAAAUAUAGUACCUGUGGUGACAAAAGACGACCAACUACAACCACCUCCUGUAGUGAGGGAGCUACAGGAACCUUCCCCCACGACAGAGAAGGUUACCAUUGAAAUCGAUAAAUCUGGUUGUAUGUUACCGGAACAAGUACAAAUAAUAGAACAACACCUACGUCAGCAUAUUCAACUCGCCACAUCAAACUUCUUACAGCUAUACGUUAACCCCAUACAUUGGAAUUACGCACCUUCUUAUAAGGAAUAUUUAGCGCAGUUCGAGAAAAUUCUAGAAGAUAAUCCAAAGUCUGUGGUGAAUGUAUGUAAUUUGAAACCUGCAUUGGAAUUGGUUCGAAGCUGGGAGAAAUCAGUAUCGCAAAAUACCCCUGAAAACCAGGAGAUGGUUGAGUUUAUGCAAAAGGAAGCUGAUAGGAGUCGACGUCGUAACCAAUGUAACAAUAUACACGUAGGCGACUUUCCCGAAAUGUUCAAGCGAGUGAUAGCGAAUAGUUCAGUGUUCCUCUAUCCUUAUUUGUUGCCGCCUCACCCGUAUCGACCAGACAUCCUUAAGAGGUUCAGCUACAGACGUUCUGAGGAUGAACUUAUAGUGCUCGGUCUAGAUCAAUUCUGGCGUUACAUAGAACAGAAUCCCGACCUAUUCCCCCCACCAAGCGCCAAACACCCCCGCCACCGAUGGGGUCUCACUGCCACAAUAAGAUUGGUUACCAAACACAUGUUCCCUUGGAUCACACCGCGGUGGAUGUUACUGCAUGUAUCGAAGGGUAGAAAGGACAAGGAUGGACCUAUUUAUAAUUACUUCAAGAAUGGAACAAUAGAACCAGUGAAACAUAGACUUCUACCGUUUAACCCUAACUUAACUUUAUAUGAACAGCCGGAACACGAAAUGCCUCGAAUUUGGGUCAGGUACCUUGCGAAAAGUAGUAAACGAUUCAAAGAUUUUUUGUACAAAAGAAAAGAUUGUGGCCAACCCGCAGAUGGUGUUCUAAUCGAUUUAGGAACUGUCGUAGCAACCCCACAAAAAGCAGCUCUACCUAUCGAUUUUACCAAAGUCAUUGAAUGCACUAGAGGAAAUCUUCUUCCCAAAAUCAGUGCACAAGUAUAUCGUGAUAAAUUCGAUAUUGAGAUUGAAAAUAAUGUACACAUGUCAAAUAAUGAAUCAAACCAAGCAAAUGGCAUGAAUAAUACGGGCAAAGUAAUUACAGCCCCACUUAUGCCAAAUUUCGGUAAUAUUUCAGUAACUAACGUUUUACCCGCAAAUGCUAAGGUCCUAUACAACUUAAUACCCGUUGUUAAAACUAAAAUCCCUGUAAAGAACAUUGAAGGUAAUAACGCUAUAGGUAAAGUAACUAUAACAGUCGCUUCAACAAUAGGCAAUGCAACCUUGAGUAAUGGUGUUACUAACAAUAAUGCAAAUACAACUCAAAUUUUACCCACGGGGAUUUCACAAGAGGAUAAAACUGAAAACAAUGCUAAUAAUGCGUUAACUGAUACAGGAGAUGCAAUUGAUAAAAAAGUUAUAACUGUUGUGCAAAUGGAUAACACUGUUGUAAAAGAAAUGGUGUCGAAACGCAAUGAAGAAAUUUUAAAUACUGGCAUGAACCAAAUGGUAACUGAUGCAGUGGACUCAAAAUUACUUACAAAUACUACACAAACGAUUUCAGGUGUUACAACUAACGCUUUGCCUAUAAACAAGGGAGAAAUUUGUAAAACAUGUCCAAGUAUGACACCAACAAAUAAAAUAUGUACACAUAAUGUGACAGCAAAUGUUCAAAAUGUAAAUACAAAUGAACAAAAUACUUCUAAUGCUACACCUUCAAAUAUGUAUACAUUAAUUAAAACCAGCGCAGGAUCAUACCUAAUACCUUUAUCACUGCUACAAAAAACUAAUACCGUUAAUAGUGUUACUGCUCCUAUAGUCAGUACUGGUAUAACCACAGACAAUGCAAUAAACGUUACAGUUUUAAAUAAAAAUACAACUGAAGCAAACAAACACUCACUUCCUAGAAACAAAAAUGAUUGCUUAAUUUCUGACAAUACACAUAAAGAAUUAAAAAACCAUUGCCAAUGUUGUAUCAUAUUAAGAAAGAUAUGUAAACAGAAACAAGCGUGUAUUACAGAUUAUUUUACGUUGAAUAAGAAUAAAGAAAAAACUUGCGAAUGUACUGACAGAAAAUACCCAAAAACGACUAAAAGAUUGAGAUUAUUCUUGAAAAAUUAUAAAAGUAAUAGUUGGUGUGUUCAUAAAGAGUUGCAGUCUAAGUUGAAAUUGAUCAAGAAUGAGAUGCAUGAGGAACGAGCAAGUACAAGUAAAAUAGAGUCCCCGGAGGAUGAAUACAGUUUGGAAGAUAUUGCGUUUGUCACGUCUUACCAACUAAAACUGACAACAAGAUCAAACGUAGUCCGGGACAUGGCAGCGAAAAGAAAAAUCCAAAGAAUACUUUCUAAUUUUGACCAUGAGACGGAUAGCGUUAUAAGAUUAACAGAAGAAUUGUACAAAGCGUUUGGUACCGAUCUAGUGGAUUUGUAUAAGGAGUUUCUUGGUUUUUUAACUGCUGAACAGGCUAAUAGGAUUGAUAUGUUCCGGGACUACUUUUUGCAUAGUUGUAUUGGUGACUUAAUUAAGAAAAUUGAGUCUGAAAUCUCGGACAACGAACGAAAACAUGAUGUGCUGACCUAUCUCAACGAAUUGCUAGUGGAUCGGGUAUCAACUUCUUGUCAAAUGUGCACUGGCUUGCUUGUCAAAAUGUACGGUUACCCGACACUUGCAAGACAUGUUUUUUCUUUAUUCCCGCAUCGAGCUGAUAGCAGGAAACAUAAUGUUAGUUGCAGUUCAAAAACGUCUAUUCCAAACACCAGGCAAACAAAACCCCAAGCACAAACUUCAAAACAAAGUAACUCUCAAAAUACUGUUUGUACCAUAAGACAAUCGUGUGGAAAUAAUUUAACACUAAUUCCGAACCUAGAAACGAAUACAGAUGAAGAAAUGCCACAUAAAACGACACGAAUUGACUUAUCCAAGUGUGUUGAAGAACCAAAUGCAACUAAAGACAAUCAAGUGGUACAGCCAGAAAGCACGGAAAAUAAAUCGCACAUAGAGCCUUCGAUGAAUUCAGAAGAAACAGAUGAUUUUAUAGAAGAUUCGUUGACGAUUUGUGACGACAAUUUUGUCACGAUGAAUUACGAAGCUGACAAUUCUUCCAGUGGUGAAGACGACACUGGAACCGUAUAUAAUCAAAGCAAUAGUAAUCACGGACCUAGAAAUUCCGUUAUUAAAAAUGAGGACCAACCAACUAUGAUGGACACAUCAGAAAUAACAAUUAGUAAAACCGAAGUUCAAGGUCAUAUCGAAGUUCAAGAUCAUACUGAAGAUCUACCAACAAUGGCUAUGAGUGAAGAAAUACUGGUCAAAACCGAAGUACCAGAAUGGAAACGAGAUGAAGAUAAACUUAUUUUACAAAUAUUGUUACAAUAUCUCUCCCCCAGUGAAAGAAAAGGAAAGACUAUACUGGAAAUUCUUGAUGAGAAAAAUGUGUAUCAAAUGUUAUCGGAAAGUGUAACACAUAAAACGAGAUCUGAAAUCAAAGAUAGGGUCAUGUAUUUGCUCGAUAUUCUUGUUAUGUUAUGA